AGUGCACGGAUUUCAUGCACUGGGCCUCUAGUAAGUAAGUAAAAGACCAGGGCAGUUUUUUUGUGGAAUGUCCUAUCUUCUGGACUUAGCUGAUUGUUUCCUCAUGAUGUGUUUUAGCUCAUUCCUCAUUCCCUCAGAUCUUCUGUAAACUGGAAGUUAGGUCUAAGUGCCUGAUUCAGUUCAUUUAGGUCAAACAUUUGUGCAGGACUACUUGCAAGGUGACGUGUAAGUCAUAGGCGCCACAGGGUAAGUCAUCCGGGGAAGCGCGCCAGCUCGUCCCUCUCAGCGAGGCUGGUUUGGGCACUGGUUGAGGUGGUCACAGGUCUCCCUUAUCAAGGCACAUUAGGAAGCACUAACCCAUUGGGAAGUACUUUGGCUUCGUGGGACUAUCCUGUCCCCCAGCACCUCGUGGCUUUAGCAUCCAGUAAAGACCCUUGUCGUAUCAUGAGGAUGUUUUCCUAAUCUGCUGCCCCUCCCGCACUUACUCGCCACUCUUCUUCUGUGACCCCUGGACUGUGUUAUUGUUUGAAUAUGUGUGGGAUCGUGUUCACAUGGUUUCUGGGAUUUAAAGCUGCCUCGGAGCCCGCAUGCCCGGGUGGAGGAGGCUGCUCUCGUGAGGGCGGUGCCCGCCUGGCAGGCUGGUGGGGCACUGUGGCUGGCUCUUCACAGCCCUCUGAUCCUUCCGGGAAUGGCAACAGAAGGAAGUCCCAGCCCCAACAGAGCAAAGGAAAUGGCCUCCACCUUUAACCUCAGAGCUCUCCACGGGGUGCCGGGGUGACUCCCAGCCCAGGACCCUCCUCGCCACAGCUCGUGCCCAGCAAGCAGCCAGGGAGCUGGCCCAGCCCUGCCUACGACUUUACUAGCCUUAUUAUCCUAAACAUUUUAUUACCUCGUUUGCCAGUUAAAUUACUCAACCCCGCCCCUUCUUGUGAGCUCUGUGUGUACCUGUUUUUCACCUCCGUGUGUCCCUCGGAGUGGAGCGUGCCGUCGCCUUGCUGGCAGUGUGCCAGGCCCUCGCCAGGCCAGCACUCACUACACGGAGCACUGCUGUCUCCCUUCAGGUCCUCGUGAAGUAGACAUUACAUCCGUGCUUUGCUUUUCCUUUGGGUCUUAGAGCCUGGGGGUCAUUUCUAGCUCAUUCCUGUCGCUGCGUGAAAGGGCCCGGGGGCCACGGGGCUCUGUUGCGAUGGACUUUCAGCGGACACAGUCCUGAUGGCAUUGACUUCCGGCGCGUGUGCACUCGCUCCAGCCUCGCCGUGGCCCGUGUGCCCCUGCUGCCCUCUGUUGCCCUCUCCCGACUGCUCCGUGCGGCCAGGAUCCACAGCAGAGCAAGGUCCGCCCUGCCUGCCCCUCGAGCGCUUCCUCUCGCUGCCACUUUACGUCUCGCUCUGCCUCUAGAGCUCGGAACACUCCUGGAUUUGGAGCCAGGCUUCUGCACUCUCUCCUAGACUUUCUGGGUGUUGUGCUCAGGGUCAGGACUUGCAGCAUAAUGCUUUCGCUCCGCCCACUUAGGAAACCUUGGAGGAGCAGGAGCCCCACCUGUGAGCAGAGGCCUCUGAGCCCAGGACCGAGGACAGCAUGGCCACGGCAGCGCCGCUGCGCAGCCUGGAGGAGGAGGUGACCUGCUCCAUCUGCUUGGAUUACCUGCGGGACCCUGUGACCAUCGACUGUGGCCAUGUCUUCUGCCGCAGCUGCACCACCGACAUCUGCGCCACCUUGGGGGCCCGCCCCGCCUGCCCCCUCUGCAAGAAACCUUUUCAGAAGGAGAACAUCCGCCCCGUGUGGCAGCUGGCCAGCCUGGUGGAGAACAUUGAGCGGCUGAAGGUGGACAAGGGCAGGCAGCUGGGGGACGCAGCCCGGGAGCAGCAGGACGCGAGGCUGUGCGAGCGGCACCGGGAGAAGCUGCACUAUUACUGCGAGGAUGAUGGGCAGCUCCUGUGCGUGCUGUGCCGGGAGUCCCGGGAGCACAAGCCCCACACGGCCGUGCUGCUGGAGAAGGCCGCCCAGCCCCACAGGGAAAAAAUCCUGAACCACCUGAGUGUUCUAAGGAGAGACAGAGACAAAAUUCAGGGCUGUCAGGCGAAGGGAGAAGCUGAUAUCCUGGCUGCGCUGCAGAAGCUCCGGGAGCAGAGGCAGCACGUCGUGGCCGAGUUUGCGCAGGGCCACCAGUUCCUGCGGGAGCGGGAGCAGCACCUGCUGGACCAGCUGGCCAGGCUGGAGCAGGAGCUCGCCGAGGGCAGGGAGAAGUGCCAGGCCAGGGGCAGCGGGGAGCUGGCCCGGCUGGCGCUGGUCAUCUCUGAGCUGGAGGGCAAGGCCCAGCAGCCGGCCGCAGAGCUCAUGCAGGACACCAGGGACCUCUUGAACAGGUACCCACGGAAGAAGCUUUGGCUCGGGAAACCCAUUGUCCGGGUGGCUAAGAAAAGGACAGGAGAGUUCUCGGGUAAACUCGUGUCUCUGCAGCGAGGCCUGCGAGAAUUCCAGGGGAAGCUGCUAAGAGACUUGGAAUAUAAGACGGUGAGUGUCACCUUGGACCCGCAGUCGGCCAGCAGGUCCCUGCUGCUGUCGGAGGACUGCAAGUGCGUGACCUACAACAGCGACCUGUACCACUGCGCCUACCUGCACCCCCAGCAGUUCGACUGUGAGCCGGGGGUGCUCGGCAGUAAGGGCUUCACCUGGGGCAAGGUCUACUGGGAAGUGGAGGUGGAGAGGGAGGGCUGGUCCGAGGAUGAAGAGGACGGGGACGAGGAGGAAGAGGGGGAAGAGGAGGAGGAAGAGGAGGCUGGCUAUGGAGAUGGAUACGACAACUGGGAAACAGAUGAGGACGAGGAAUCAUUGGGGGACGAAGAGGAAGAAGAGGAGGAGGAAGAAGAGGAGGAAGUUCUGGAAAGCUGCAUGGUGGGCGUGGCCAGAGACUCUCUGAAGAGGAAGGGAGACCUCUCCCUGCGGCCGGAGGACGGGGUGUGGGCGCUGCGCCUCUCCUCCGCGGGCAUCUGGGCCAACACGGACCCCGAGGCCGAGCUCUUCCCGGCAGCGCGGCCCCGGAGAGUGGGCAUCGCCCUGGAUUACGAAGGGGGUGCCGUGACUUUCACCAACGCCGAGUCGCAGGAGCUGCUUCACACCUUCACCACCACCUUCACCCGGCGCCUGGUCCCCUUCCUGUGGCUCAAGUGGCCUGGGACACGCCUCCUGCUGAGGCCCUGAGCCUCCGCUGCCUGCCCGGGCCCCCACCCACGGGGCUCCUCGGGAAUUCCAGGACUGAAGGGGGAAGGAGAUGCCUGGCCCAGCACCUGAAGGAGGGAGAGGAGGGACCCCACGGCCGCUGCUGCUCCCCCUACACUGCAGGGCGCCUCUUCCCCGCCUCUGGAGGGCCUCUGCACACUUCCCACCUGGCUCCUCCCCUCCCUCCUGCGGCCUCUGACCCAGCCCUGCACUGUCUUUGCUGAGUGAGAGGCCAGGCAGCGCUUUCUUGCCCAGCAUCUCAUUCCGUGCCACAUGUCCUUGGGAAAGACCAGCGGACUGUUCCACCCCGACCACUCCUGUCCCCUGAUCCCAUAGCUUCCCCUCACCCCGUCCACUCUGCUGCCUUCCCUGCCGCCUUACAGAGCUGCCCCGGCACAGAGGGAAACAUCUAGGAAAAGGCUGCAAACGCACGGAAGGAGAGGCAGCGAGGCCUCCCUGGCAUUGGACCCCGGCGCCUGGCGGCCAGCGGAGGUCUCCGGUGUCGAGGGCAGAGACCACUCUCUCUGGAGACCAGGGCUGUGCGUGUGCGGUCCAGACGGUGUAGGUGGGGCUCCUGCAGCCACGGGUCUCGGGGAUGGUCUACAUACCUUGGCUUUGGGAUGACACUUGUGACCAGUGGUCAGUAAGUGACCUCAUGGGUUGGUCCUUGUGAGGAGAGUUUUUUUAAACACCCACGAUAUCAUGCUCUUUGUGGUCCAUCUGAAAGCACAGGGCGAAUACCCCCCUACCCCAACCCCACCCCCAGCAGAGCCUCCCCUGCUGCAGGGCUGGGCCAGCUUCUCCAGUGGGCACUUGGCUCCCGCUCCACCCCUCAUCCUCCUGGCACGGGCUGGGGAGAGGCAGGCAGUGGGCGUCCACAGGCCCACGGGCCUUUAUGUCAUGAGAGGAAUUAAAGCAAAUCUGCCCACAGACCCAACCCAGGUCCCAGCCUAUGUCCAGGCCCCAUAGUACCCACAGG